AUGAUAGGCAGUGGAAGUGAGAGAACCACUUUGCUGUUGGGAGGAUUGCUACAUCUAUUGCAGAAGGUUUUCACACAGGCUCAGUACCCAGAUCAGUUCACAUAUGAGGAGUGCCAGAUUAAUGCUGAAAAGGUUGGUGGUGUGACCAUUCUCAGGAAAGGAAAAUCUGAUCUUAUUAGUGAUGGUGAAUCAGUCAAGUCAGUGAGCAUAUACGGUUCUCCCCGUCGUUGUGGUGGCCAGGGCGAUGUACUUUCUGGAAGUGUUGCAGUAUUCCUAUAUUGGGCCCGUCAGCGUGUUGCUGAAUUGGAACCGAGGUCGAACCCGACAAUGUUGGGGGGCAUAGCUGGGUCCAUUUUGGUGAGGAAGGCAGCAUUGCUUGCAUUUGAGAAUAAGAGAAGAUCUACCCUCACUGGAGAUAUCAUCGAGUGCUUGGGAAUGAGUCUGGAGGAUAUUUGUCCAGUUAACCGACAUCGUUAA